AUGCCACAGACCAUCACCGACAACCGCCACCACCUCGACCACUGCUGUCACCUCCCGCCACCGCCACCCACCCUCGCGAUCACCCUUCGCCACCUAACAUCGCUGACCAACCGACACCAUCGCCACCCUCUGCCGCCUCCCUCCACCGCCGACAAGCGCCACCACCACCUCCCGCCAUCGCCACACUUCGCCAUCGAUCAACGCCCACCACCACCACCGACGCCACCACCCUCCAUCACCACCACAAUGACCGUUAUCGACCACCGGCCCCUGCGCCAACCAACUCCACCGCCACCCGGACCACCGCUACUGCCACCCUCCACUGUCGGCCACUGUUAG